CGGCUAUGGAAGGUUAGCUUAUAGCCUGACAGCCGAGUUCGGACGACUGCUGCUCCGGUUCAAACAACAGAGUUAUUAAAGGGACACGUGGAGGAAGCUUUAUGUCAGUGGCGAAGGAGAAGCUUAGGUCAUAAUUAGACCAAGACAGUCAGAAGUGAUAGAGUGUGGGAACUUCGUGAUGGAGGUGGAAACCGAGGGCGAUAGGAGGAACGAAAGGAGUAACAGGGCGAGUGCAAGAUCGCCCCCACCUGGCCCUGCAGAGCCAAUGAACUACUGGGGGGAGGAAGAACGCAUUAGAUCGCUGCUGACGCUCUGCUUCGAUGAUGGAGUUUACCCGACGGAUCUGGAUCCCGGGGAAAUGGAAGUUCAAGGCCGAGAGUUGCAAUUCACUCCUCAACACCUCAUUGGAUGAGAUCAAAAUCAAGUGGUUGAAGGAGCGGACAGUGUCGGUAAUCUUCAAGGAGAAUGCAAGGUUCCUCUCGAGGAAAGUAAAGGACGACACCAUCCGCGCCUUUGAGGAUGGGUGGAUUUUGGGAAGAGAUCGUUUCCCAGGUGAAACCCGGAGGGGUCGAAUAGAGCGGGCGAUCGGGAAGAUUGAGAGGGCUUACCCGUCGGACGCGGAUCCAGAACGGCCAGCCCUAGUCAACGCGAAGUUUGAACUGGACUCGGUGGCGAAGGACAACAUGAAGGACAAGCUGUGGAUCGUCACCUCAAAAGGGGAUAGGUUGGAAAUUCGAUUGGUGUGUGCCACCACGAUGAGGUGCAGAGUUUGUAAGCAAUUUUUUCACACGGAAGCGGAUUGCAGGAGGAAUGGGGGUUCGCAUAAUAGAGGAAUCAUGGGGGACGCGAACGUGGCAAACCAACAGCCCUCUCAGGCGCAGUCCAGUACAGGGCAGCAGGAGAGAAGGAGAUCGCACUAUCAGGGUCCGCUAAGACCGCAACCAUCUCGUCAAGCGCCGGCUGGGAAUUCGGCUCCCGCUGGCUUUGCGAGCGCAACUGUGAACCCAGUCUUCUCGCCGGGGGGCUUGAUUAACGCCAGUCCGUCUAUGCAAGAUUGGUCGCAGCUGAUGGCAGCACUACAGGGAGCUGCGAUACAAGGGAGACCUCUGAUGCAGGGUUUUAAUUGGGCGCAGCCGGGUUUACAUCAGAACUUACUUCAUCCUCUGGGAGGCGGAGGCUCUCAGACUGAAGGGUUUCAACCUUAUGGCAUACCGUCGGCCUUCCAGGGCAAUCAGCCGGGAGGGAGCAUUCCAGGAGUAAGUCAGCCAGGCGGGGUGCCAGAAAGGGUGGAGGAAGGUGGCACAACUAGACAGGAAACAAGGACCACGCAGACGGAAAGAAGGGAGGGACUAGGUAUGGGCGAUGCCCACCUAGUGGAAGAAGGAGCGGUAGGGCCAGAGGCGUCAACAUCAAGGGUGUCGGCGGACACCCAGCAGAGGGCGAAGCAUGCGGGCAAGCAACGUAGGUUAAGCAUGGGUGCGCUCACGAUCCCGUCACAACAGGUAUCAGACAUGCCAACUCCUCAGGUGAUCGCUCAAGUGGUGGAUCACUUAUAUUUGAACCUCUUCGCCACUCGAGUAAUUGAAGACUGUCCUCUGGCAAGAAUAAUCACGGAGGUUGGGGGCAGCAGAUUCAAACUCGUUGUCCCACUAGUAGAUGCAAGAUUGACCACGGACGACGUAACGAACUUGGAAAGGAGGGGUUUGAGGCUGGUGCCGUUAGUUUGUUUUGCGGAAGGAAGGAAAUCAGAGCUGGGAAAGAUUAUAAUGCUUACAGCGCGACUGUCAGCAGAGUGUUUGGCGGAAUUGAAGAUCCGGCUCCACAAGGACAAGAGGCUGGACUCACAAUUUGUGAAGGCAGCGCUCACUCAACCAUGGGGAGUUGCAGAUCUGGGAAGAGAGGUCAAGAAUAUUGUGGUUUAUGACAGAAUGUCUAAGGAGUCUUUCCAACGGCUGUUGCCCACGAAAACGUCACAACCAAUGAAGGAGCUGGCUCAUCCAUUCAGUGAUAUGGAGCCGAGGGUGUCGCAACCGGAUAAGCUAUGCGGGUAUGCCGCCAUGUACUUUCAAGACAUCUUGACGUCCAGAAGACCAGAAGAAGGCCCUGAUACGGACCUCUCAGAGUCAAGCCAUCAUUGGCAGAACUUGCAAGUCCGCUUACCUGUGUGCGGAAGGAUGGACCUAGACCGCCCAAUUACGUUUGAGGAAGCAAAAACUACGCUGGCCUCAAUGGCGAAAGGGAAGGCUCAUGGCGAUGACGGCCUUCCGGUCGAGUUCUACUCGACCUUUUGGCAUGUAUUAGGCGAGGAUCUUGUGGAGAACUUUAACAACAUGUUGCAGGGUGGGAGACUGCCAAAGAAUGCUUGUAAUGGCAUCAUCUCCGUGUUGUUUAAAAAAAGAGAUAAGAGUGACAUACGCAAUUGGCGGCCAAUCUCACUCUUGAAUGUGGCUUAUAAGAUACUCGCAAAAAUUCUGGCCAGGAGGCUUGGGAGGUAUCUUCCGGAGUUAGUUUCGAAUGACCAGGCGGCCUUCGUUAGGGGCAGAUCCAUCUUUGUGAAUAUUGUUACUGCAGUGGAGGCAAUGGAAACGGUGCAGGAGUACAACCCCGAUUUUGCGGUUCUCUUGUUAGACAUGGAAAAAACUUAUGACCGGGGAAAGUGGUCAUAUGUUUUGACCACGCUUAGGGUGCUGGGUUUCGGGGAGUGCUUCUGCGCCUGGGUUAUUGGAAUGUAUUCGCGGUCCACGGCGUCGGUGAUGGUCAGCAGACACCUCUCCAAGAACUUCAGUGUAUCACGAUCCUUGAGGCAGGGUUGUCCGCUUGCCCCCCUGGAAACUGUGCUAUGCAACAUUCGGGCGGAGCAAAGAAUUCAGGGUCUCCCGUCUACAGGGAGAGAUUGUCGGGUUAAAGCUUUGGCAGACGACUUAUUUGCAGUGGUGGCGAACACCAAGUCUUCAAUGAAAGCCUUGAGGGAACAUCUGAGAGAGUACGAAGAACUUUCGGAGGCAGCAAUUAACUGGUCCAAAUCGGUGUAUCUACUUCCGGAACCCCACACCUUAACGGUGCAGUGGGGGAUGAGAAGGAUUGCUGCAGAUCAAUCGGAAUGGUUUCUUGGUGUCCAUGUUUCCCUCUUGUCCUGUGCAGCAGAACAGGAUGGCCUCCUGCAGCAGAGAAUCUUGAACCGCAUGGCUACGUGGGGGAAAGCCCCCCACCUUUCCUUGAUGGGAAGGGCAUUGGUAGUCAAUGUAGCACUACUUGCAAUCCUCUGGUACGUGGGGAAAGUGCAGCCGCUUGGCCCAAAGGUUAGGAAGGUUAUAAAAAGGAGGGCAACAAAAUUCAUUUGGAAACCGUAUGGCUUGGAGUCGGAAGGUUUUAUUACGAAGGUCGCAUGGGAUACGGUUUGUCACAGCAGACAAGAAGGUGGAUUGGGUCUGAAGGACCCAGGGAAGCAAAACACAGCGAUGCUUGCAGCCUGGGUCCCCAAGGCGCUGGAGGAGAACAGUGAGGUGCAUUGGAUAGGGUUGGCUGAAAGGCUCCUGGCAGAUAGUUGGCAUUUGAGCAGAACGGAGGAUUCUUGGGCCUGCAUAUGGAUUGAGUCGUACCUGCGUAGGCCGGUGAAGUCAGAAUUGUGGAAAUGGAUUUUGAAAGCUUGGCAAAAGGUCAAACCGGACAGAUGCACUGAACCGGUAACCAAGCAGGAAGUCCUCCUGCAAAUCCUGUUUGAAAAUCCGUUAAUUAAGGACAGGGAAGGAAGAUGGCUGGCGGCAGACAGGAAACCGGGUAGCUUUGGCAGAGCUUGGAUAGCGAGUGGGGUGGUACGAGUAAGGGAUAUGUGGGACGAGUUUAGCCAAGGAUGGAGAGAAGAAAAGGACUUGGGUAUGCGGAAUAACAGUGGGCAAGAAAAGCGGCUACAAGAGGUACUUCAGGCUAUUCCUGAUGCAUGGAAGCGUAUCCUGGAGCCUGGAAGCUUGGACCCACCAAGGACUUGGUAUGCAGACAAACUGGCCCAAGAAAAGAAGGAGUUAUGGAAAUUGACUGGGUAUGAGGAAGCUGGCGGGAGGUCUUUCGAACAAUGGCACUCGUGUGGGAACACAACCAGGUUGGAGAUGGUAGGGGAUGAACUGCCUUCAAUCAGACUCCCAACCGUGCUGACUCAGGUGAGAGUAAGGGAACAGUGCAAUGAAGAGGGGAGCUGGUCAGUGUCCCUCUGGGUGAAUGGAGAGCCGAUUGCAGAAAGGAAAAUCGACCCCCAGCAGAGGACGUGGAGAGGCAGAGGGCCCGAAGGAUCUGACCUAUCAGUUCUGGAUUAUACAGCGGAGUUGGGCUACAAACUCCAGAACUCUUCCAGAGAACCCCGAAGGGUGGCUGCAGAUAGAUGGGUGAGAGUCCUUCAGGUAGACCCAGAGCAAGUGAUGAAAGCGGUCCUUCGAUGCUGGCAACAGCUGAACCUGAUGCCCUCUCAAAGAUUGGUGGUCACUCCGUGGCUCCUUUCUCUGUUGGCAACUGCUUCAGCAACCUGGUUAAAGGAAAGAGGUGUGAAUGUAGACACCGUCUGUAAAAGAUGUCAGUGGGCAUUUGAGUCCUCGGUUCAUCUAUGGUGGGAUUGCCCAGCAUCAGCCCAUAUUUGGAAAUGGUGGUAAAAAAUGCGGGCAAAGCUGUCCAACAAUGCCUUCCAGUGGGAUAAAAUGUGGGUCUUGCU